GUGCUGCUGUUGUCAAACAACCACGGCGGCGCAGCGUGCCAGUUUUGACACUCCUGCGGACGCAUGCACGCACGGUGACCCGGCGAGCGGGACACUUUUUGCAACGUGCGGGCUAUAAGGAGAGGGAGUGGCGCUCUGGCGAGCAGUGAGGAGAGAAACUCCACACGCAGACAGUAACACGGCAGCGCCCGGGAUAACAUGAUUAGCGCUCUAUUAGGUCCGCUGCCGAGCGCAACUAGAUGCAGCGCAGAGACCAUUGCGAGUGGAGAGACAGGAGGCGCAGAGUAAACGCUUCAUCCGCCUCAUGGAUCUUCUUUGCCUCCUCCUCAUUUGCCUAAAGAAGUUACCCGUUUGCAGUAUUUUGGUGUCCUGGCACUGGAGAGGCACCGUCAUCGCUCUUUGUCUCAGAUAAAGUGAUUUUUUAAAAUAUCCCUCACAAUGAGGAGGAAAAAUUCGAGAAAGUCUCAGAGAAGUGAUUCAGUCUCUUCCUCUCUCAGCUCUGCUGUGAGCCACUAGUUUUGUCCUGCCUGGUGGAUGAUAUUUGUUAACCUCAGGUGAACUCUCACAGGAAGUGGGCCAAUCUGCUACCAUGGAGGAUGACAAUAACACCUUCCAGAACUUCUCGAGCUUGGCCCCUUACAGCCUACGGAUAGCCCUGCCUCUCAGUGUGCUGGUGGGCUUCAUGAUCCUGCUCAUAGUGUUCGGUAACGUCCUGGUGGUCAUUGCUGUGUUUACAAGCCGGGCCUUGAGAGCCCCACAGAACUUAUUCUUGGUGUCCCUGGCCUCAGCGGACAUUCUGGUGGCCACCCUCGUGAUGCCUUUCUCCCUGGCCAAUGAGCUCAUGGGAUACUGGUACUUUGGCGAGGUGUGGUGUGAGAUUUACCUUGCGCUCGAUGUUCUCUUCUGCACCGCCUCCAUCGCUCACCUUUGUGCAAUCAGCUUAGACCGCUAUUGGUCCAUCACACAGGCCAUAGAGUACAACCUGAAGAGGACACCUCGCCGCAUCAAGUGUAUCAUCUUCAUUGUUUGGGUCAUUGCAGCAGUUAUCUCAUUCCCACCCCUGAUCAGCAUGGAGAAAGAAAACAGCGAGAAAUUCCCUGCGUGUAAGAUCAAUACCGAAAAAUGGUACGUCAUCUCCUCCUGCAUCGGCUCCUUCUUCCUACCAUGUGUCAUCAUGGUGCUGGUCUACGUGCGGAUCUACCAAAUCGCAAAAAAAAGGACACGGGCACCAACUGGAGACCGGAGGCCAGAUGCUAUGUUGAAGCCAGCCAACACUCCUGCUGUGAACCGGAAGGAAAACGGUGCAGGCGAUGCCAAGGAUCGCCUCUGUCAUGAGAAGCUGAAUGGUGAACAGGCCAUAGAGCUGCAGGAGGGAGUGGGAGGACAUCAAAAGGCAGAAGAGGUAAAAGGUGAGGUCAACGGAGUGGAUCUUGAGGAGUCAUCAUCCUCUGACCAUAAAGUGAACAAUCCAUGCUCCAUUAGAAAGAAAGCAAACAAGGGGAAACCCAGACUGAGUCAAAUCAAACCAGGGGACUCCAACAUCCAAAAGCAAGAGCCGAACACCAAAGGCAGCCGCUGGAAAGGCCGGCAAAACCGUGAGAAACGGUUCACCUUCGUCCUGGCAGUGGUCAUUGGUGUCUUUGUCAUUUGUUGGUUUCCCUUUUUCUUUACUUAUAUGCUGAUGACUCUUUGUGAAUCCUGCCCCGUGCCUCCCACCCUGUUCAAGUUCUUCUUCUGGUUUGGCUACUGCAACAGUGCUCUGAACCCUCUGAUUUACACCGUUUUUAACAACGACUUCAGGAGGUCAUUCAAAAAGAUACUAUGCAGGAGGGACACCAGGAGAUAUGUAUGACUCCAGCUCUGUAUCCUUGUAUCUUUUUUUGAUAUAUUGUGCAUCCAUUGUAAAACAGCAUGCCCAUUGUGCAUGAAACAGCAGUUUGUGGUUGCUCAGGAAGGUGUUUAUGUGCAGAAUCUUCCCUUUCAAUGCAUCCACCAGUCACAGCUUUAACACAAAGAUGGAAAUCACAGAGAAAACCACAGUAAGAUCUUGUUUUUAUUGUAUCUGAUUUUUUUUAAAGAGGCAAACAUAGUGAAGUUGUUGAUAUGUAAUGGAUAUGUAUGUUGUACCAAAUGAUCUGUCCGAUUAUUUGUCUAUUUCUGUUUUUAUGGAAACAGUUUUGUGCUACUUUGUAUGAUGUGGUGAUAAUUAUUACAAGGAAGACGAUGCUGGUGGACUUGUGGAAAAAAUGACUCUAAAAAAGAAAUAAAGCCCAUUUUAUCUAAGAUGGUUUAAAAAAAAAAACCUAGUGAAGAGAUGGGAGUGAUGAUUUAAUGUUGUUUCGGUUCUUCUGCUUUUGACGGCGUAUGUUCAAACACUUUAAAACACACACUUGGGAUUAUGGAGGUGGGGAAAGGACAGAGAAUAGAUAAAUAAAUGCCAGGAUUUAUUUUGUAAAAUGAACAACAAUGCAUACUGUUCUGGUCAGACAUUUACAUUUACUUAUCAGUAUGAAUUUCUUAUUAAUUUUGGGCUUUUAGUUAUAGGUUUGAACAACUCUUUCUCCUGAUUGGAUUGAUUAUACAAUUAUUUGAAUUGGGUGCACAAGACAGAAUGUAUUCCAGAUUUUUUUUUAUACAAUUAGUAUUUGAUUAAUUGCUUAGCUACCCUCAUGUUUUGACAUGAUUCUAGCUGUAAUUUUGAUUGCCUCUUUAGGGAGAAAUAGAAGAGCUCAUUUAAAAUGGUUGGUUUCCUGGUAUGGACCUGGUUUUUGGAACAUUUUUAAUAGUGUUGAGGUGGGGGCCGUUCCAGAAGCUAAAUUUUUGUCUGCUUUAUCCAUUGCAGAACAGGAUUUAACAUGAGCUUGGGUCCAAUGUUCUGUUGGAACACCCAGUUGUGACCAAGUUACAACCAUCUAGAUAUUGAUGUAAGGUGACGUUAAUUAGUAAUUUUCGUCCUUACUCCUUAUUCCACUGACUUUGUGCAAUGCACCUGUACCACUGGUGUCAAAACGGCCUCAGAGCAUGAUGCUGCCGCCACCAGGCUUUACAGUUGGUACAGUCUUCUUAGGCUCUCACCUUUGGCCCCUCCAAACAUACUUUUUGUUGCUAAAGUCAGCUAUCUCAGUCUUUGGCUCAUCUAAAUGUAAAACGUUCCAUCAAGGAAGCUAAAAGUAAGUUUCUUGAAAGGUCCCAACCAUAACCCUGGUGGAAAUGUAUGGACUAUGCUUUUAAAAGGGUUUGGUGUCAGGAAACCAACAAAUUUAAAUCAACUACCAA